AUGAAAAGAUUAUUUAGUUUAAAAGAUAAAGUUACAAAAGAUAAAGUUUUUUUAUUGGAUCUUGGUGGUGCAGAAAUUCAAUCACAAGAAAAUUUUAAACAAAGAUCAAAAUUUGGUGUUUUGAUAAGUUUUAUAAUUUAUAUAAUUAUUUUAUUUUAUGUGAUUGUAACUAUUAUUCAAUUUUCAAAAGGUGUACCAACAGUUAUUUAUUCAUCAAGAUUACCAUCAACCUAUGAAGCAACUCAAACGCUUCCACUUGGUAUUAUGUUUAGAAAUGCAACCAAUGGUGAUUAUUAUGAACCAAGUAUUGCAACCGUUCAAUAUACCUAUGUAACCAUUACCAAUCAAGAUUCAUCACCAAGAAUUAAAGAACCAAUCGAUUCAGUACCAUGUGAGUUUACAGAGGAUACUGGUGAUUUUACACGUAAACAAGGUGGUUCAUCAUCAGCAUCAAGAUUAUUAACAGAGAAAGCAAUUUGUCCAAGUAAAGCCGUUGAAAUGGUUGGAACAUUUGAAAUGCCAUCAUAUAAAUAUUUAGAAGCCAAAGUUUUGAAAUGUUCAUGUACCAAUAUUUCAUGUCCAAUUCAAUGUGCGUCAGAAGCAGUUUUUGAUGAUGUAUUUUAUGGUGGUUCAAUUUCAGUGGUAAUGACAGAACUAAUUCCAACAUCGAAUCCAUUAAUGAAUAAAUUCUCAUUGGUACCAUCUGUAAAUUUAGCUCAACCACCAAUACCAAUCAAUAGUACAAAGAGUGUAUUUUGGAAGAAUUUAAAAGCAUUCAAUUAUAAUGUCGAUAUUUAUAUUCGUAAACAAACCAUUUACAAUGGUCCAAGAUUCAUGUUUGAUUCACAUUUUGGUGAAUUUUAUUUAAUGGGUGGUAUGGAUCCACGUGCCGAUGAUUUCGAUCCAACUAAUAAUGUUUUAUUUAAAGCUUACUUUAGAAUCGAUUCUUAUGAAGAUCAAGAAAUUAGACAAAGCCCACAAUUUUUAGCUUUAUUAGCAAGUUGGGCUGCUCUUUAUUCUUUCUUUGCUUUAACUUUUGUUAGAGUAAUUAGAUUGUAUAAUAAAAGACUUUAUAAAAUCACUGAUGAAAUUAAUAAUGCAAUUUCAAAAAUGUUACAUAUUGAUCGUCACCAUUCAAAAACUGAAAAUGAUAUUUAUGAACCUGAAAUUCCAAUGAUAGUUUUAAAUAAAGAUAAUAAUAAUAAUAAUAAUAAUAAUAAUAAUAAUAAUAAUAAUAAUAAUAAUAAUAAUAAUAAUAAAGUUGGUGGUUUAGAAAAUUCAGAUUGUAUUGUUUCAAGUCCAAGUGUUCAAAGUUCUUUAAAUAAAAGUUGUAAUGGUAUUAAUGUUAAUCAAAUUGAUUCAAUAAAUAAUACAAAUUCAAAAUUUAAUAAUAAUAAUAAUAAUAAUAAUAAUAAUAAUAGUAAUAAUAAUAAUAAUAGUGAUUAUCAUUUAGAAGAUGAUAUAAUAACAAAUCCAAGUUUAAAUAGUGGUAAUAAUAGUGUUAUUAAUAUUAAUAGUUUAAAAAAUAAUAAUAACACUAAUAAUUCCAAUUUUAAUGGAAUUGAAAAUGAACAAUCAAAAGGUAAUCUUGAAAUUUCUUGGGAUUUACAUCAUGGUACAAUAAAUUCAAAUUAUAAUAUAAGUUUAAAUUCCUUAGAUGGUGAUAAUACAAAUAUUAAUAAUAAUAAUAAUAAUAAUAAUAAUAAUAAUAAUAAUAAUAAUAAUAAUAAUAAUAAUAAUAAUAAUAAUAAUAAUAAUAAUAAUAAUAAUAGUAAUAAUAAUGGGAAUAAUGGGAAUAAUAUUUAUGAAAAAGAUAAAAAAGAUUAA